AUGCAGAGACCAUCACCUGUGUAUGAGCUGGCCAAGCAGAGCCUGCUGAACAGUGAGACCAUAGCCAGCAAUGCUGUACAUGACCUGCCCACCGAGACCUUCCAUGACCUCUUCAGGGAUGCCUUCAUGGGGGGACGCAAUGAGGUCCUGAAAAAAAACCUACAGACAUUAAAAGCCGUACUGGAUAGACUUGAUAUACAGCUGUCCCAGAAGGUUCACCACAGGAUCACAGAGUUCUUGGCUUUUGCUGAGCCUGACAUGGGACAGGGUUACCUGAUGAGAAAGAUGUAUGUGCGGGAUGUGAUGAACUCAGGAGAAACCUGCAUCUUCCUAACCUCACAGGAACUAGAAGCUGAGCCGUACUCCAUGCAAAGGUUACAAAGGGAGAAAAGGGAAGGCAGGAAGCUUGGAGUCAGUUUUGUGCCACCAAUGAUCAAUUACAGCUCUUACCUCUUGAAGUGGGCCCGGAGGAGAAAAGCUUCAGUGCACCUGUACUGUGAGAAGGUGAUGAUCAAAUCCAGUGCUGUCUCUGAAAUUCUGACGUUUCUUCAAGCUGUGCAACUGGAUUCCAUCCAUGAACUUGAGGUGUUUAGUGACUGGGGUCCAGAAAGCAUGAAAACAUUUGUUCCUCAGCUAAGGAAGAUGAAAAACCUUCACACCUUUCGCUUCAGCAGCCUGAGUCCAGAAGUGUGUACUGCACCCUUGAAAAACAACUGGUAUUACCGCAUCUAUGCCUCAAACUUAGCACAGCUGAAAAAUCUCCUUGAGCUUCGAUGGAUGAAGUCUUCUUCCUGCAUGGAAAUCUGCAUAAGAUCAUCAGGUGAGUGGGGGGAGAGCUCCCCUGCACAUUUACGGUUACAGGAAAAAAUUAAUAGGGCUCUUUGUUUCCCUCUGCUGGCCUAGGGGAAAAUCCUAGGAAGUGGGAAAGACAGCACUGUCUCAUCUAUGGCAAGGUCUCUCCUAACAUCCCAUGUAAAAGCAGGGACUAAUCUGGGAUAGGAGUCUUGGAGCAGGUGUCAUGUCCAGAAAGCCAGCAGUCAGGAGCAGCCAAAAUGAGGGCAGAUUAGAUUUCUUCUUCAGAAGCAACUCCAGGU